CAUUGCUCUCACAUCAAACCACUUCUUCAUUUUUUUUUAAUUAUGCUAAUCUGCCUCUGACACACACACCACACUCACAUCACUCUCUCUACGCUGUCUCUGACACACUCACACACACACAAACACACACGCUGGCACCGAGUCUCCUGUCGUGAGAUCACUUUUUCUCACUCUCUCACUCUCUCACUCUCUCUGUUUCUCUGCACCGCGCCAUGCUGAAGCUGUUUGCUGGGACGGAAGCUCACUACACAGCCAGACCGAAAGGAGAAGCCAUCUUCGAAUGAGGUCGGGGGUCACAGGGUUGCACUGAGCACAUGGAAGAGGAGGGUCAGAGGUCAGGGGUCACAGGGCUAGGCCCUGCCCUGUCCGGAGUGGAGAGUGAGAGUGAGGCUGGGGGUGAAGACGGGUUACAGAGGGGGGAUGCGGGUGUGAGCACAGGGGAGAUAGGGGCAGAGGGAAAAGGGGGAGAGGGGGGGUUGGAGAAAGAGGGGGAGAAAGUGGGAGAAGGAGGGGGAGAGGGAGAAAGAGAGGAGCAGGGGUUGAGGGGAGAGAGAAAUGGAGAUGGAGAGGAAGGAGAGAGGGAGGGAGAGGGAGAAGGGGGGAGUGUAGAGAGGAGUGUCACAGAAAGAAGUGAGGUCAAACCUGCUCCAGAGAUAGAGGUGGUUGACAGGAGUGUCCCUGAGAAGAGUGAGACAGAGGGUGAGAGCGCAGUCAAGGCAAGAGGGGGUGAGACAGGCAGUGAGGCACAAAGUGAAGGUGUCACACAGAGUAAGCUGCAGAGUGAGAGGCAGGGGGAAGGUGAAGGAGAGAGUGUCCUGGGGAGUGAGGCAGUGGGGGUGAGCUGUGAGGGGAGUGAGGCAGUGGGAGUGAGCUGUGAGGGGAGCGAGACAGUGGGGAUGAGCUGUGAGGGGAGUGAGAUGGGACCAGAGGUUGCAGAGAGAGACACAAGCCAGGUGAAGAGUGAGACUGAGAGGAAGGAGGAAGAGGAGGGGAGGGAGAGUGAAGGAGAGUCAGGGGGAGGGGCUGCGGGAGGAGCAGGAGGAAGGGCAGACGGAGGAGCGGUCAGUCCUGAUUCUGCCGUGCCCCCCACUCACACUCUGCUUCCUAGAGCAGCCGAGCUCCAGGCUCGCAGAUUAACCCCUGACCUCCCGGAGAGCUUGUUUGAGUUGCUGUUCCAGUCUCAGGGUCGGCGCCUCAAUGACCAGCGCUGCUCAUUCCGGAGGGAGCGGGGGAGGGAGGGGCUGCAGAGAGGCUGGCAGUCCGAGCCGAGCACCCCCGUCGAGAAGCGCAGAGAAGUCUUCUUCUCCUCGAUGACCUCGCUGCAGACGGAGGAGUUCUUCGAGAUGGUGGCAAACUCGCAGGGGCGUCGCCUGGACAACCAGAGGGCGGAGCUACAGGAGCCCCCUCCCCCCUCCGCCCCAGCCUGUGAGAACGAGGCCACCGUAGAAGGGGCGGGGUCAGAGGAAGCGCCAAAUUUGGGUGUGACAGAGGGUGGAGCUGAGAAGAAAGCUGCAAAUGAGGAAUUGUACAGCAUGAUCCUGUCCUAUCAGGUGCAGGGUCGUAUUGAUGAGCAGCGCUCCCGUCCCCCUGGCCCGGUCGAUGAUGAGGGGUUCUUCUCUCUGCUGCUCCGGGUUCAAGGAGGGCGAAUGGAGGAGCAGAGGGUGGAGCUUCCAGAAGGACUCCUGCGUAGGGUCAACUCCCACUGAUCCACUUCCUGUCUGGAGACACACCCACUUCCGGUCUGAAAACAACAUAACUUCCUGUAUGGAGACACAUCACUUCCUGCCUGAGAACACACUUCCUGUAAAAACACUUUCUGUAUAGAUAUAUUUACAUUUCCUGUCUGGAGGAACACCCACCUCCUGUCUGAAAACGCGCUCACUUCCUGUCUGCUCCUCUUAUUGUCUGGAGAUCCUCACAAUCCCUUUUGGGGAAACCAGGAGAUCCACUUCCUGUGUGGAAUAUACUUCACUUCCUCUGAGCAUUAUUUCUCAUGAGUCUGACUUUCUGUGAAAAAAAGUGUAACUUCCUGUAACAUACACUUUGAAAGUGACUUCCUGUGGCAUGUACCUCAUUUCCUGCGGUAUAUUUGCAGUGAUGUCGAAAGAAACAGUGACUCAGUAUUUCUUAAUGAAACGGUUAUUUUUAAUAUUGCUUUCUCUACAACCUGUGUGAUUAUUGUGUGUGUAAGUGAAAAGAUUUGUAAAAAAUGAGGCAAAAUUAACAAAAUACAAUUUUAAUAAUUAUUACUCA